AUGUCCCAGUACAAGUUGCGAUAUGUCCCAGUACAAGUCGCGAUAUGUCCCAGUACAAGUCGCGAUAUGUCCCUGUACAAGUCGCGAUAUGUCCCUGUACAAGUCGCGGUAUGUCCCAGUACAAGUCGCGAUAUGUCCCAGUACAAGUGGCGAUAUGUCCCAGUACAAGUCGCGAUAUGUCCCAGUACAAGUCGCGAUAUGUCCCAGUACAAGUCGCGAUAUGUCCCAGUACAAGUCGCGAUAUGCCCCUGUACAAGUCGCGAUAUGUCCCAGUACAAGUCGCGAUAUGUCCCAGUACAAGUCGCGAUAUGUCCCAGUACAAGUCGCGAUAUGUCCCAGUACAAGUCGCGAUAUGUCCCAGUACAAGUCGCGAUAUGUCCUAGUACAAGUCGCGAUAUGCCUCUGUACAAGUCGCGAUAUAUCCCAGUACAAGUCGCCAUAUGUCCUAGUACAAGUCGCGAUAUGUCCCAGUACAAGUCACGAUAUGUCCCAGUACAAGUCGCGAUAUGUCCCAGUACAAGUCGCGAUAUGUCCCAGUACAAGUCGCGAUAUGUCCCAGUACAAGUCGCGAUAUGUCCUAGUACAAGUCGCGAUAUGCCUCUGUACAAGUCGCGAUAUGUCCCAGUACAAGUCGCCAUAUGUCCUAGUACAAGUCGCGAUAUGUCCCAGUACAAGUCGCGAUAUGUCCUAGUACAAGUCGCGAUAUGUCCCAGUACAAGUCGCGAUAUGUCCUAG